UAUACAGACGGUGAGCAAUUGAAAACUUCCGAUCCGUGUGACUCGCUCCAUUGUAGCACAGCAAAUCUCGAUCCCUCGUCCCACGCUUGCCUUCUUCUUCUCCUCCAUCUCUAACAAAUUACCAACCAAACAAAACAGACAGCCAAAAACAAUUCAAGGAAAGAAAACGCAGAGAAAAAAAUUGCACUAAUUAAUACUAGCUAGUGUGAAUGAAACACGGAGGCGGAGGAAAGAAAAAGCCGGCGAUAACAGAUGAAAAACCCGCCGAUCCUCACGGCCGUCGCGACAAUCUAGCCGGUCUAACUCUCUUCGCGGUGUUGAGCGGCGGAGAUGAGGUGUCGCCUCCUCCUCCUCCUCCUCAGACGGCUCAUCAUCAUCAUCAGAGCAGGCCGACUCUCCUGGACGCCCUAAAAGACGAUCCGAAUAGCGCCAAGGAAAACAAGAAGACAUGGAAACAUUUCAAGGAGAAACUAGGGCUAAAAGGCGCCGCCUGGACUUCCACCGCGCCGAUCCCCGCCUCGGACGUGCCGAUCCACCCGAUGAGCAGCCGGACGAUGAGCCGUAGGGUUUCCAAUCGAUUUCCUUCGGGAGAAUAUCCGGCGGACGAAUAUAAGCCGGAGCUAGCACAAUCGGCGUCGAGGAGAGAGCUCCGGCCGACUCCGUCGAAUCGAAUGUCGUUAUCGAGGAAUCAAAGCCGGAGCUUGAGGUUGCAGAGCUCGGCGUCGAUCAGGAGAUCGGGGACGGAAGGGGAAGAGGAGAGCGAAAGAGGCGGAGAAGAUGGGGAAGGAGAAGGAGAUCAAUCGGGGAUGAGAAUGUCGUUGAUGGCGUUGUUGGAGGAAUCGGAAGGGGGAUUAAUGAUGGAUGAGGAAGAGGAGGAGGAAGGCGGUUGCGAAGAUUACGGUGGAGAAUUCCAUAACUGCUGCGUUUGUAUGGUUAGACACAAGGGAGAGGCGUUCGUGCCAUGCGGACACACAUUUUGCAGGCUCUGCUCAAGGGAGCUCUGGGCUGAGAAGGGCAAUUGCCCACUCUGCAACAAUUUCAUCCUCGAAAUUCUCGACAUUUUCUGACCGGAAUCCAAUUUAGGAAAAAUGACUGAAAUGUGUCAUCUUAAUAAGGAGAGACAAGAAUAAGUUAUACAAAAUAAGAAAAAAUUCACUUGUGACUUGAGUUUUUUGUCAAAAAUAAAGUAGCAAAUGAGUUUCUUGAAAA